AUGAAUGAGGACGACGACGUCCUCUUGAUCGACGAUGAUGUUGCCGAGCCAAGUUCAGAAAAUACAGGAAUUCAAGCUGGCGAUGAACUGUACAAAAUCAAAAACGAGUUCGAGUCGCUCAACUACGAAAUCGUCCAAAACCGCAUCCGCCAGGACGAGCUUCGGCGGCACAAUAAGACUUCUUCGACGACGAAAGAGCUGGAGAGAUGGCUGAUUUGCUUCUUUAUCGGUGCUUUGACCGGCGCGAUCGGAGUGGUAAUCACAGUCUCGAUCGAGGCACUUUCGGGAUUGAAGCAAAAAUGGCUGAAUAACUUGUUUCACCCAAGAGAAGUCGAAAGCCACGUGUCCUCCUUCGUCCCCGUCCUCGUCUGGUGCUGGCUGGACACUUCCUUCGUCCUUAUUUCCGGACUAAUGUGUGCCUUUCUCGCGCCAGUCGCCGCUGGCUCCGGCAUUCCUCAAAUCAAAUGCUUCCUCAACGGCGUUCGUUUCCCAAAAGUCAUUCGUCUAAAAACACUCAUCGUCAAAGUUCUUGGAAUCAUCCUGGCCGUCUCUGGCGGCCUCGUCUGCGGGAAAGAAGGGCCGAUGGUCCACGCUGGCGCCGUUUUAGCGGGAGGUAUUUCGCAAGGAAACUCGCUGUCGCUUGGAAUCACGACGUCGAUUUUCGAACAUUUCAGAGAUGAUCACGAAAAGAGAGAUUUCGUCGCGGCUGGAGCUGCCGCUGGAGUCAGCGCGGCUUUUGGCGCCCCCGUCGGUGGAGUUCUCUUCGCGCUCGAAGAAGCUGCUUCUUUCUGGAACCAGCCUUUGACCUGGCGCAUCUUUUUCUGCUCGAUGACUUCGUUCAUGAGCCUCAACUACGGACUGACAGCGAUGAAGACUGAUCUUCAAUUUGGGAAUUUCUCCGCCGUUGGUUUGCUGAAUUUCGGCAAGUUUGAUAAUUCAAUGUGGUAUUAUUACGAACUGCCGCUUUUUGUGCUCAUGGGAGUCAUCGGCGGUCUCCUAGGAGCUUGCUUCGUCCAGCUGAACAAAGUAAUCACAAUCAACAGAAUCCAUCUUCGACCGAGUCGCCUCGCGAAAACGCUAGAAACCGGCUGCAUCGCCCUACUUUCUACUUGUGCUUACAUCGUCAUGCUCUACGUAAACCCUUAUUGCCGCGACGAAACGGAAGACGGACCAGCUGGAUCUGCGAUUAGCAUGAAGGAAUUUCAACAUUUGCGAAUGAACUGCGGCCCGCAUCAGUACAACACCAUGAGUUUACUUUCGUUUGGAACGCCAGAAACUGCUGUAAAGGCCAUGUUUCACGAGCCCUACGAUUUCUUCCAUUCUACUACCCUUCUCAUCUUCUUGCCAAUCUACUGGCUUUUGGCUUGCCUAACGUAUGGCAUUUCAGUUCCCUCCGGUCUUUUUGUCCCUGCUCUGCUGUGCGGAGCCACUUGGGGCCGACUCGUCCACAUUCUAAUGGCGACGAUCUGCGGCGUCGAGAAAAUCAGCGAUCCAAGCGUAUAUGCUCUCGUCGGUGCUGCUGCCGGUUUGGCUGGCACUGUCAGAAUGACGCUCUCCCUCUGCGUCAUUAUUAUCGAAGCGACUGGGAAUUUGACCCUUGCGUUGCCGAUUACAGCUGUUUUAAUCACGAGCAAAGCUGUGGGAGAUCUCUUCAACAAGGGAAUCUACGAUACUCACAUCCAUCUCUGGGGAGUGCCCAUUCUCGAGUGGGAACCACCACCGAACUCAGAAUUGAUCAAGGCGACGGGAAUCAUGUCCAAACCAGUUGUUGGCUUCAGAUCAGUCGAAACUGUGAGAAAUCUGUACAACGAAUUGGCAUCAUCGAACCAUCAACACAACGGAUUCCCGGUUACUGACGCUAAUAACGGCGACUAUCAAGGAUUAGUUUUACGAAGUCACAUUCUGCUAAUAUUGAAAAAUCGCUUGUUUUACGACCCAUCGCGGCCGCAGGAUUUGCUCUCGUUGACCGAGCUCAGAAGUGCUUAUCCGAGGUACUUUUCAGUAUCAGAGACGGGAAUCGAAGAAGUGGAUAUGGACAAACUCGUCGAUCUCAGACCCUAUAUCAACAAGUCCGUCCACAUGCUGACAGUCGAAAGCACCUUGGAGAGUAUUUUCCGACUCUUUCGAGCUCUUGGGCUCCGUCAUGCCGUCGUCGUCGAUAAAGCCCUCAAACCGAUUGGAAUCGUCACCAGAAAAGACAUCGCUCGUUUUCGCGCAGAGAACGAGGCCGUCCAUCGAAUUCCAAUUGACGAGUUUCGUCAAUCGCACGUCUACUACGAUUGA